CAAUAACCUAAAAGCCUCAAUGUGUUUGGGCAUUUGCACAGAGACGGGCCUCUUGACUAUUUACUCAAUGUAAACAGCCAGAAGAUUCAGGAUUACCGCAAAAGUACUGCAUUAGGGCAAUAAUGGGUUUUAUUAUUUUACUUCUUCUGAUCCCAGCUGCGAUCUGCUCACCAGUGUUUCUUCCAGUUGACUGCAAUGACGUGUACAACAGAGGCUUUGGUCAUAGUGGGGUGUACAGCAUCUUCCCAGGAGGACCGCUCUCCCCUAUCCAGGUCUACUGUGACAUGGGCUGUGAGGACGAACCUGAUGUUGGUAAAUGGACAAUCCUCCAGAGAAGAAAGGAUGGCACCAUUAACUUUUAUCGUGGAUGGGACCAGUAUAAAACUGGAUUUGGACUAGCAUCUGGAGAAUACUGGCUGGGUCUGGAGAACAUCCAUCUCCUAACUCUAAGGAAGAGCUAUGAGAUGAGGAUAGACAUGGAAGACUUUGAAGGGGCAAAGGCUUACGUCCACUAUUCCUCCUUUAUGGUGGGUCCAGAGCAGGAGGGCUACACACUCACCUGUAGUGGCUUCAAAGAUGGAGGAGCUGGAAAUUCCCUGAGUGAACAUAGUGGUCAGAAGUUUUCCACAUUUGACAAAGACCAGGACACUCAUGCUUCAAACUGUGCCAAGACCUACCUCGGAGGAUGGUGGUAUGGAGAAUGUCACAGCGUUAAUGCCAAUGGUCUUUACUUGUGGGGCAGCUCAGCCUAUGGGAUAGGAAUCAAUUGGGUAUCUUGGAAAGGAUAUGAGUACUCAUUGAAAGAAAUUGCAAUCAAGAUAAGACCCAAAAUGUAAUAAAAAUAAUGAACCAAUAACUCUUUGAUCAUGUGUGGCAUGACCCAAGGAAAAAGACAUGACGUUUCGGUGUGGAUCUGGAUCAGAGGGCAGAUCCAGGAUGUCUUUUUCACUUUCUCUUUGGAACAGAUAGAACUUAGAGAACAUUAUAACAAAUCUUCUUUUAAAUUUAUGUGAGUAGAAAAUCAAAGAGUGCAUGUACUUUGCUUUUCUGUUAUUACACAUUUAUUCAUAUUUACUAGUGUGCAGAAAGUUUAAAAGCUUCAAAAUAUUACUCAGCGAGAAAUGCUUCAUGUACAUAUUCACAGUACAAGAGACAUUUUUAUUUUUUAUUAUCACUGUAGUUAUCAUCCCACACAGAUAACAGAAACAUCCUCCAGCCCCAAUCCAUGUUCAUUCAAACCUCUGUCACCUCACAACUGGACGUCAUUCUCAAAGAAUAGAGACAAAAAGUACAGUCAGUCACUGUUUCCUUCAGAAUAACAUCUAUAGUGUUUGCGACCCAACAACUAAGUCUUUAUUUCUCUCCUCUUCUUUGCUGCAGCAUUCGAAGCAAAGUGAGGGUAGCAUUGAGCACACGGUCAUGUUUAAAGAUCAUCUUAUGAAAGGUGUCCAGAGGCAGGCGACCGGUUGGAUCUGCAUGUUUCAGUGCAGUCAUGGGCAUGUACAGGCGGUUGGUCUGGUGGCGCAGAGGAGGUUCCUUGGCCGUGAUCACUUUAACUGUUUGCUGCAGGAUAAAAAUAAAAAUAUUUGAUGCAUU